AUGUCUCACGGAAACGUCAUCUCCAUCACCUCCAAGGCUGAAUUCGAGGAGAAGGUCCUCAGCCCCUCCGCCGGCCCCGUCGUCGUUGACUGCUUCGCCACCUGGUGCGGUCCUUGCAAGGCCAUCGCCCCUAAGGUCGCCGAAUUCAGCGAGACCUACGCCGGCGCCAAGUUCUACCAGAUCGACGUUGACGAGCUGUCCGACGUUGCUGCCGAGCUCGGUGUCCGUGCCAUGCCCACUUUCCUGCUCUUCAAGGACGGCAAGAAGUUCGAUGACCUCACCGGUGCCAACCCUAAGGGUCUGGAGGUGAAGGUUCAGGCUCUGCUUGCUUAG